AACUGCUAAAGCCUAAUAGUUAUUUUUUAUUUAUUUAUUUAGCGACUUAAUGUUGGUUUAGCAAUUUUUACAAAAUAAAUGUUCACUAUCAUGGACGUUUAGCAUAAAUACAUGUUUUAAGGUGCAAAGUGUGUAAACAGGUUGCAGAUAUAGUAGUUGAAAGUAAAAUGGCUGAAAUUAAAGAAGAUGAUGUUCCACCUUUAGAAGAUGAUGUUCCACCUUUAGAAGAUUUGUCUGAUAUAAUAACCAAGUUCAGUCCUUUAAACUUUAAAAAUUCUUAUAAAACCAAUGAAUAUCUAGAAGCUACUGAUAAUGAAAAUGAUUCAAGAACAAAGAAAAUAAAUACUUUACUUCAAGCUCCAACUCCCAAAAAGACUUUCAAAAGUGAAGAUGUUAAAAAUGAAAAAACAUCAUACUGUGGUUUCAAGAAAGGUUUUCUUUUAAAAGAGGAUAAAUCAAUGAAAAAAGUUAUUGAAAUUAAAAAAGAAAAUGUCAAAGAUAAGAAUAUUAUAGAAGAAGUGCAAAGUGCAAUGUUUAAACAGAAAGACUCUAAAGAUUGGAUUACUAAUGAUUUACUUGAAAAAAUUUCUGCUCAUCCAACUCUUUCCAAACAGUUUUUUGAUCGCAGAUUUGGUCAGAUCAUCUCUCAAUUUCAAAAGAAUCCCAAUGAUUUAAUGGCCAUUUACAAAAAUGACGCUGAAGUACUCCAAUUUAUUCGAGAGUUUUCUAUUCUUAUGAGUAACCAUUUUAUCAAUUUAGCAAAGAAAGAAGACAGACAAAAAAAAAUAGAAAAUAAAAAAAAGAUUGUUAUUGAGGAAUCCACCAAUCUUGAGGAAUCAAUCCACCAAAGAUUUGAUGAUGAAGAAGUAAAUAGAAUAAUAUCAAAUCCUGAAAUGGUUUCAAUAUUGCAAUGCAAAGAAAUUCGACAUUUUUUUUUUCAUCUUAAAUCAAACCCAAGUAAAGCUCAAAAAUUACUAAAUUCUGCAAAUUCUGACAUGCGGUACAAGAUUCAAAAGUUAGUCGACGCGGGUUUGCUUCAAAUGUCUUAGUAUAUUUGUUUAUGUGUGUUUAUAAAUAUAUAUAUAUAUAUAUAUAUAUAUAUAUAUAUAUAUAUAUAUAUAUAUAUA